GAGCCGCAUUAAAUGCGUCCGCCGAACAGCGUCGCGUACGUAUCUACUCUCUAGAGAUUCUUGUCGGCUUAAAAGGGCCGGCUUAAAAUCCUAAAGAACUCACUUUUUUCUUCUUCACUCUCGCUUACAAGCUACAAUACCUCAAAAUUUCAACAACAGGUUUUGUGUUGAAGAAGAUGGAGACUGGUGAUGGUUCUAAAGAUGUAAUCGGUGGUUUACCAGAACCUCUGAUUUGUCAUAUUUUGUCUUUCCUUACUACCAAAGAAGCUGCUUCUACAUCUGUUCUGUCAAGAAAAUGGCGGUAUCUCUUUGCUUUUGCUCCUAAUCUUGAUUUCGAUGACUCUGUCCAUCUGAGUCUUGUGAAAAUCAAAGAGACUGAUCAUGUUAGUGGUAGAGAUUAUUUGGAAAUGUAUAACGAAAGAAAGAUUCAGCUUUCUACAAGUUUCAUGGAUUUUGUGGAUCGAGUUUUGGCAUUGCAAGGGAAUGACUCUGUACACAAGUUCUCUUUAAAGAUCAGAGAUGGUGUUGAUCCUGUCUGUAUCACUCGUUGGUUACUCAAUGUGUUGGAACGUGGUGUGUCUGAUCUUGAACUAGGCAUGCAUUUGAAAUGGAAAUCUUCACUUCCUUCGAAGAUCUUUUUGAGUGAGUCACUGGUUCGGUUGAGACUAAAUGUGGAACUUGGACCGACCAUUGAUGUUGAAGAUGUUAAUCUCCCUAAGCUUAAGACUCUUCAUAUUGAGUCAGUCCGUUUUGAAAAGCAUGGUAUUGGGCUUACCAAGCUUCUUUCUGGUUGUCACAAGCUUGAGGAUUUAGUUCUGGAACAUAUAUCUUGGUGCUUAUGGGAUUUCUCCUUUGUAUCUGUCCCAACUCUUAAGAGACUAACGGUUUAUGAGGACUUGCAAGAUGAGAACCCGAGCAGUGUGUCCUUUGAUACCCCGAAUCUUGUUUACUUGAAGUUUGCUGAUGCUAUUGCGGACGAGUAUCCAACAGUGAACUUUGAUUUGCUUGUUGAAGCUCAUAUCGAUCUUCGGAUGUCAGAAGAUCAGUUGGAGGAGACACUAUAUGAUAGAGAGGCAAGUGGUUUAGAUUCUGAAGGUAAUAUGAAAGGCUUUAUGGUCGCUAAUGCAACAGAAUUUAUAAUGGGAAUAUGCAAUGUGAAGAUCCUCUAUCUAUCAGCUUAUACUCUUGAGGUACUUACAUACUGUUGUGAAGCAAUACCACUAUUCAACAACCUCACUCAUUUAACUAUCGAGAGUGAGCCGCAAGUUGGAUGGCAAUCAUUGCCGGACCUUCUCAAGAACUCUCCAAACCUGGAAACUCUAGUCUUCAAAGGACUCAUUCACCAAUUCUCGGAUAGAUGCGGCGAUAUGUGUUUAUGCAAUCCUUGGGAGGAGGAAGACGAGGAGGAGGAAGAAGAGAAAGAAGAGGAGAGUCCUCCUUCUUGCUUAUCAUCAUGUCCAGUGAAAGUGCUGAAGAUAUUGAAGUUUGGUGAAAUUCAUGAGUACCAGAUAGAGACAGAGAAGAAGAUAGACCAAGUAAAUCACUUUCUAGAGAAGUUGCCAAAUGUUGAGAAACUGAUGAUAUACUACAGUACACCAAAUGAUGAAGAUGUGAUGAAAGUUUACAAGAAGCUUCAGAGGCAUCCUAAAGUAGCUUCAUCUCAGUGUAUUCUCCAAAUCUUCUCUGAUAACCUCAGCUUGUCAUCUAAAGACUUUGUGCUCUCUUAGGUAUCUACUAAAUGAGGUCGAAAUCUUUUGGAAAAUAUCUCAAGUGUGUUUUUUGAAUUACUCUGGCUCUUUCAAUGAGUCUUGGCUGCAUGCUUUUGUGUAGUUCUUUUAAUGAUCUAAUCUCUACACAUUACUAUCUUAUUUCUGCCAUAUUUCUGUUCUAAAGAUAUUUGUUUUUAAGCUAAGUAUCUGAUUGUUUUUCUGA